CCCGCUCUCAUGACUCUCCCUUUUUUCACCUGGCUCUUUUCUAUACCUGACUCCGACUGAAUUACUACACAUUUUCUUCUACAAUCUAUUUCGAUAUUCUCCGCCGAAUGCGAACAACUUCUCCCACUCUCUGCCUGUCCAAGGCCAAGGAAUCGAAGUUGUAGACUUUCGCUAUGCUGCGUCGGUCGGCCGACGCAGCGAAAGUUCUAAGCCUGGCUUUCAUUGCCUUUUAUCUGCUGCUUCCCGUUUUCGCAGCUGCUCAGCAGAAGCAGUACCUACAAGAUGGUUAUCCGCACAAUGACGAGAUCCUUCACUCUGACUCCCCCAAGAAAGGAGGCUUACCCGGGGCCCGAGAUCCUUUCGAGUCAUCCAAACUCCCGACGGAUCCUCGUUUAGAACAGGUACAUCAAUAUUUAAAGGAUACGGCAGUGGUCUCCAACAGUGAGAGCGCCAUCGCAACCUUGGCUCCGGCGUCGUUAGGCGAUGUCGUUAGAGCACCUCCUGCGCGUCAAUCUGGCAAAUCUGCAACGCUCUCCCGCCCUCCCGCGUUGCUGAAUGCCCGUUCGCUGCAGGAUUGGGAGGUCGAGGACUUCGUCCUCUUGGCGACCGUGGAUGGAACGAUACACGCACGCGAUAGAAGGACCGGAGCCCCGCGAUGGGCCUUAGAGGUUGAUCGAUCAAUGGUAGAAACGGCAUAUCAUCGGCGAAAUAAGACCGACAAAAUCGAGCCGCGACCAGAAGACAAUUUGUUGUGGAUUGUCGAGCCGAGUCAGGAUGGAAGUAUUUAUAUAUACACGCCAGGGCCGAACCCGAGCCUUCAGAAAUUGGAGUUGACGGUGAAAAAACUCGUUGAAGAACUUUCGCCUUAUGCUGGUGAUGACCCCCGGGUGGUCUACACUGCCGAAAAGAGGACUACGUUAUAUACGGUGGAUGCGGCAAAUGGACGAGUGCUGAAGACUUUCAGUUCUGCUGGUUCGUCAGUCAAUGACGAUGCGAGCUGCCCUCGAGUGACCGGACUCGAAUAUCUCGAUGACGAAGAAUGUGGCUCUGGUGGCUUGUUGACACUGGGUAGAAUAGAAUAUACCGUGGCAAUUCAGAGCCGAGACACUGGUGAUCCGAUUUGUACGAUUCGAUAUUCCGAGUGGGGUCCCAACAACCGCGACAGUGACCUUCAGAGCCAGUACAUUAGCACCAUGGAUCAAAAAUAUAUUUACAGCAGACAUGACGGGAGCAUCUUUGGCUUUGAUCACACGCAAAUGGACGAAAGGCGCAAGCUUUACACGCAAAAGUUUUCAUCGCCAGUUGCCAGAGUCUUUGAUGUUGCGAGACCACUUGAAAGCGAUUCGCACGACACCCCUCUCAUCAUCCUCCCUCAGCCGACAGGCCCCACGGAUGGCGAAGGCUUAUCGAAUUCCUUUUCUGACCGCACCAACCGUAUUUUUGUCAAUCACACCGAACAGGGGGCGUGGUAUGCCAUGUCUGAAGAUAGUUAUCCUCUGGUCACUGGGGGUGCUCCUCUCGCUCAAUGUUAUAACAGCGAUUGGCUUGACACCAUUGGUAGCUUGGAUUUUUCUCAUCUAUCUAAGGCGCAAGAUGCUCUCGUUGGAGUCCACGCAAUUGCGCCCUUUCAAGACCGGAAGCGGAGUUUUCCCACUCUACCUGGGCCCGAGAAGGAGCUGGCCAAUGAUACACCGCUUAAUCCCAUUUUACAACCUCCGCAUUCCUCAGCUAUCCCUACUAUUGGCAUGGCAGAGCCACCACCUUCGAAUCUUCAUUGGACCCUUCUCUCGGUCGUUCUUUCCAUUUUGGGAACUUGGAUAUACCUUCAUAGGCGAGAGUUGACAACAACCCUGCGGAAAAAGCUCCAGCUGAAAGGAAAAUCGAAUACCGCAGCCGAUACAUCUUUGUCCGCUGAACCAGCCAAGGAUUUGGAAACUCUGCGGCCGCUCUCGGGACCUAACAUGGAACUGCAAGGGGAGACCGCUGAAGGGCUGCAAGGCGGCGUUCCACUAGUGGAACAAACCUCGGCGGCGACUGCCGAAGCUAACCCUGUACCUCAAUCGGCCGCAAAGGAUAAGGCUAUUCAGUCCGGAGAUGUUCCGGAUAAUAGCAACGCAGAGGAGCCUGCUCCAUCGCCCCCCAAGAAAAAGAAAGCGCACCGAGGCCAACGAGGUGGCCGGCAACAUCGGAAGAAGAAUGCAAAUAAAAAGGAAAAUGUUGACGAAGUUGAGCGUAUAUUAGACGAGGUACAGGAUGUACAGGGCGGACCUUCUAUCGAGCCAGAUGUGAUCACGGUCAAUGUUGCAAAAUCCGACUCGGUUACAGAUGUUAUUGAGCCGUUUCAAAUCAACAAUCUCGUGGUUACCGAUGAGGUCCUCGGCUAUGGUAGCUCAGGUACUAUGGUCUUUAAGGGUUCAUUUGAAGGCCGAGAAGUCGCCGUGAAACGUAUGCUGCGGCAAUUUUUCAACGUGGCUUCCCACGAGGUUGGCCUUUUGCAGGAGAGUGAUGACCAUGCAAAUGUAAUCCGGUAUUUCUGUCGACAAGAGAGCUCUCUCUUCCACUACAUUGCCCUCGAGCUCUGUCAUGCCUCAGUGCAGGAUGUGGUUGAGAGGCCUGUCGAAUUUCCGAAGCUUGCUAAAGCCUGGAGUUUGGAUAUGCCACACAUCAUGCUCCAGAUUGCCGCUGGAGUCCGCCAUCUACAUGCUCUACGGAUCGUGCAUCGAGACCUGAAGCCACAGAACAUCCUUGUUGCCAAUCCAAAGCUCUCACCAGCUAAUCCUGAUGCCGUUGUUCCUCCCCGCAUUCUGAUAUCUGACUUUGGUCUUUGCAAGAAGCUGGAGAACGAACUAAGUUAUCUCGGCACCUCCAUGACGCAUGCCGCUGGAACCCCUGGCUGGCGAGCCCCAGAGCUCCUCUUACUGGAUAAAGAUAAGGCAGGCUCAGCUGACUUUUACACCACAGCAAGCGGAUUGAGUUCAGAGGCGUCCAAUUCGGCCGCUGGUGGAACGAAGUCAACUCGGCGGGCGACAAGGGCAAUCGACAUAUUUUCACUCGGCUGCGUUUAUUUCUAUGUUCUCACUGGAGGUCUUCAUCCUUUCGGGGAUAGUUACAUGAGAGAGGCGAAUGCGCUCAAGGGGAAUUUUGACCUCGAGCCUUUGGACAGCCUUGGCGACUACGCUUCCGAAGCCAAAGAUCUGAUAGGGCGGAUGAUCGCGCUUGAGCCAAGGCAAAGGCCCGACGCUACUUCAGUCAUGAUCCACCCAUUCUUUUGGCCGCCAGAGAAGAGACUCAAUUUUCUUUGUGAUGUUUCCGAUCAUUUUGAGUUCGAGUGCCGCGACCCUCCGUCUCCACACUUACAGAUACUUGAAUCUGUAGCAGCUGAAGUCAUCAACGGUGACUUCUUGAGAAAAUUGCACAAGGACUUUGUCGACACCCUAGGAAAACAAAGAAAGUACACUGGCACGAAAAUGCUCGACCUUCUUCGCGCUCUCCGCAAUAAAAAGAAUCACUAUCAGGAUAUGCCGGACGAUGUCAAGGCGCGCGUUGGCCCACUACCCGCUGGUUACCUGCAUUACUGGACCGUCAGAUUCCCGGACCUUCUCUUGCAAUGUCAUAACGCCAUUGUCUCAUGCGAACUCCAGGGGCGCGAUCGGUUCAAGCCGUAUUUCACGCCUCCUCCUUAAGUUACAGAGACAUGUCGCAUUGCUUCUGCUUUUCAGACUCUAUUUUCAUUCCGCAUCAGCAGUGUCCAUGAUUCCACGCCUCCUAAAACUCCAGCUUUUUUUUUUCCUGUUCUUUCUUGGCUGUUUUGGUUUCCAGACGGCCUUGGAUUAUUAUUACUUUUGUGUUCCCGAAUUCCAAAACAAUAACGACUUACUCAUGCAUUGCUUGGGCGUUUCUGGGGGAAUGCACUUGUUCAGUCUACUGCAUGUCAUGCCGUAUCACAUGUCGCUUUAAACUCUGUGGUUUUCUUGACUUUUUGUUUAUUUUUGCAUCCGCCGCGUAAUAUUGUCCACUUCAAUGUGACGAAUGUCGAACAUAUAUCGACAUCCAUCCACUCACCCAUAUUUUCACGAUAUUCAUUUAGAAAAAAGGAAUCCAAUAUACUUUGAAUUUUCAAAUAGUAUCUCUGUCCUCUUG